UGCAAAUCGCGGGCGCGAAGGGCCCGCCAGUGCAAUAAUGGCCCCUGGAAAAUGCCAAAGCGGAAGAAUAGAAAGACAAGAUUCUAGAAUAUUCGGAGAAGCUGCGACCAGUCGGUUAUAACGACAAGCCCACUGCAACGGCGCCCACUUGGCCACCAACGUGGUUGGUUGGUGGACACGGUGCGAAUAUGGUCUCGCGGUUGCCGGGUCUACUGGGUAACAGCUCAAAACAAGAUUGCAGUUCGGUAUGAUUAAAUGAAUUCUCCUCUGGGACCUGCGCUCUCUUCGGGUCCAUCCCUUCGGCACCCUUUGCUCUGGUGGUGCAGUAUUUCUUCUAUGCCGUGCUUGGUGCGCGUAAUAAAGUGAAGAGAAUUGUCUGGCCCUGUCUCGGGUCAUCCCAUUCCCUGAAAAGAAAUAAAUAUCUCAACUAUAUAUUCAGUGGAUGUUAAAGUUUUUAUUUGUUGAUAUUAUUAUUAUUUUAAACAGCAAUUAAGAGGAAUUGUGGACCAGCCAUUGAAACUCUAGAAAUAUUUGGUGUGGUGGUGUGGUUUGUCCAGUCUGUUUGACAUACGAACGAACCACCGAUGAGCAGCUGCCGGUGAUAUUCCAUGCAUGAGAUUCAGUAUUCCUGAUAAUUUGGGAAGGAGCAACUGAUGUUUGGUGUUUCAACAGAAUGUUGGAAGUGGGAAUUCGAGCGAUACAAGUCCUGGGAAGAAGACCUUCUCCUGCAUGGAUCACCAUUUGCAUUUCUCGGAAACAACAUCUAAUCUGGGUGCCUCACCAACCGUGAGGCACCCAGAUCCCAAGUCAGCCCGAGCACAUUCUGUGACUCUACAAAUCAACUUCACGGAUUUGGACGCAGAUCCAACUGGGUCCCUUGAAAAGUUGAACUGGUUGGUGUGUGCAACCGGGGCCCGCCUCGUUUCCAUGGAAGAACUUCACGUCAUCUAGUGGAACGAAUUAGUCUGACGAAGACAUGAAUUCAUAAGGUCUGCAGCAUUCUCCGAGGGAAGAAGAACAAUUAACUGCAGAUUAAAGCUACAAAAUGGGUGGGAUGAAGCCCACUUGUGUUCAACUGUGAUGCUGUAAUAUAGUGUAUAUUACGCAAAGGAGACCCAGAAUCUCGAUUCCAUGGCCCAUCAUAGCGUAAUACAGCUCAUGCAGACAUAGCAUGGUUGUGAUUUUCUGAAUCCCUUCACAUUCUCUGGCGGACCUACUUCACCUCAUGCACCACGUUCAGUGGAUUGUGUUCAAUGGAAGCGGGAUCACGCUACAGAUAUCCAAAGACUUGGAAUUUCUCAACCUUAGAGAACCUUUCGCGAUCUAGGAUGAACUGACAAACCCGUGCGCACUUUCUGCUGGAACUGCGAGGUUCACAUUCGCGGGUUCUGCAAUUCUUCGAGUCGCAGAACCCUUCGUUUAUAGUAUGCACGCACUUCGGCCCGAAACUUCAUUUGCUGAAGAUUUUACAAAACAUUGGCCAGCACGUGUGGAGUCUAUGGACGGCUAGUAGUGCCAUGAGCCUCUUCUACAGAAUUGUGCUGUAGAAGGGGUUUCCAGGAACACGAGCACCACAAUAUGGAACUUUGUGAUAUCUUUGUUGUUGUGUGUACUUGGUGGACCUUGAUCACGACCUUCACUAAAGAAUAAUGUUCAGAAUUUUGAAGUUACAGACAGACUACGAAGAGUUCGUGAGUGUUGUAGUACGUGGAAGCAUUUAUAAUACAUCUGGAAUCUACACUCACAAUCGAAGCUUUGAAGAAUUCCA